CAUAAAGUGUCUGCGGAGACGUGUGUUGUGCUAAUUCAUUCAUCUUAUUGCAGUUCUUUAUCUCACCAAUAAUGGGUAACGUGCGGAGUUCCCUUGUGGCCUCUGUCUCUGUAUCGUGCGUCUAUCUCAUUUACGUUCACAUCUACUGCUCCCACAAGCUUUUGCAAACAAAUGUGCUGAACGAGAGACUCCCGAGUUUCGUGUACCUUUACGUCAAAUAUGUGGCCAGAGCGGCGACCCGGAGGACCGGCCGCUUGCACGCAGCGACCGCGGGGAAGCGCGACGUCGUUUACACGCUCCUCGGCUGCAGGCUGGAGACUCCCCUCCUCAGGAGGUUCUGCGGUGCUGCGGGUUACGGUCGGGAUUAUCCAGACACGGAAUACAGAGACGUGCCGAUGUGCUUCCCGGAGAUCCUGUUCCGCAGGCUGCUGCUCGUGGUGCUGACCGAUGAGAACUUCGCACUCAGCCCAGCAGGUCUGUUUUGUGUGCGUCAGAGUUUGAAAACCCUGCAGCCAGUCGAUGAACUGAAGAAGGGUCCGUUCGUGCUGCAGGUCCGAGUUCAGGAGUACCGGCAGGUUGAUACGGGGGUGGAGGUCGACAUCCGGCUGGCUGCCACUUCUCGUACCGGAUCCCCAGUGUGGGAAAGCGUCCUGACACUGCUGUCCAAAAACGGGGCCCACAAACCUGUUAGAUCCGUACCCAAGAAUGCACACGAAUGCGAACCAGAUGGGCCUGUGAAGGAGAUCGAGGUCGGAGUUCCCAGGACUACUGGACUGCAGUGCGUUUGGUUCUUCUCGGACUUCUGCCCCUAUCGGCUCCUCUCUCUGUCGGCCAGGCUCUUUGGCUCCAGAUCGCAGACUGUGCCGAGUCUCUGGAUGCUUUCUGUCUGCCUGGCUGAAAUAGAAAAGCACAAAGGGGUCGGAGUUAUCACUGCUCCCAUCAACGUCACUGCCGAAUUUAAGGAGCCUCUUUUUGUACCAAGCAGAGUGAAGAUAAAGUUUUGGGAGAAAAACAGGGAUCACUCUCCUGCCCAGGACCUUGUCUUCUACAUGCAGCAACAUGGCAGCAACACAUUUCACUUGGUUGGAUUGAUUUCUAGGUGAUUGUCUAACUUCUAAGGUUAAUAUUUUUAGUAAAUGUAUGAUUUUCUUUGUUAUAUUUUGCCUCAAUUUGGAUAAGACGGUGCACAGUCAAUGAUUUGGUACAAAAGCGGGUCCG